ACCAAUGCCGUAUAUUGCUACUGUAGUCUCUCGCAAAGACUUUAAGCCUGAUUUUACACUUGGUGAUGGUGAAAACACAACACGGCGUUCCAAUGGUGAAAAUUAUUAUAAUGGCCCGCUAAAGCCUGGCACUAGCUACAAAAUAUUUCAGCGCGUUUUCAUAAAUGAUCAGGGUGAUUAUUAUUCCACUGACUGGAGUCCAGUGGCAGCAACUGCCCAAAUGCACAAGUCUUCAGACGGUGGAAACACUGGAGCUAUUGCUGGUGCAGUUGUAGCUGCCGUUUUGGUCAUUAUUCUUGUCAUAUUGGUCAUUCUUUUUGUUAGGAUCAAUUCAAACUCUGCUACAGUGCAGUGAAAGUUCUCAAAAAUGGGGGAAGUCUAAUUUUUUCGCGAAGUUAUUAGACGUUUUCUGAAAUUUAGCGUAUUAUAAAAGAAUAUAAUUAAACAUAAAACCUUUAUUUCCUUUUUAACAAUAAGAGUGAACGAGAGUGAAUGAUUCUGAACAAAAUUUGAAAACAAUUUGGAAUAUAACAUCAAAUUUUUUGGCUAAGGAUAUAGUCAAUAUUUGAAAUAGGAUAAUAGUUGUUAUACUUUUUAUCUAAGUACAUUAAAUAAGAAAUAAAGUUAAAUUACAAACAAACAGUGGCGUAGCAUACUCAGUAAUUUAUUUAAAUAAGUUGGUGGGAACGGGAUUUUCAUUCAUUCAUAAUUUUGGAGUCAAUGGAAUACAUACGAAUAUCUAUACACUGUCAUCUCAUUAAUUUACCUGACGUAAGAGACAGGGAGUUUUAGUGGAUGGAGUUUACUUUGUUACCAACUAUGUUAGUGUUAGUAUAAUGUUGCUGUUUUUGU